AUGGAAAGUUUCUUAGAGAAAAAAAGUCCUGUUUUGAUUAAAGGAUGGUAAAAGAGAUAUUUUGUUUGUUGUGAGAAUAUACUAUUGUAUUUUAAAAGCAAAGUUGAUUUACCUCCUUAUUAACCAAAAGGAGUAAUAAUGAAAUAGAAUAUUGUUCAAGUGGAUUAUUUAGAUCCAAACAAAAAUGAGUUUGUUAUUCAUGUAGGACUGAGAAAAUUUUAAUUGAGAGCUGAAAAUAAGGAAAUAAAGGAAAAAUGGCUUGACAUUUUAAAAGUACCAUUUAAUUAAACAUCUAAAACAAAGUCUGAAUUAUCAAGUAUGAAUAAGGUUAAGUGGUAGGAAAUCCCUAAAUAAUCAAUAAUUUAAUUGUAUUUGAAAAGAGAAGAGAUUUUGUAGAAUUUGAUUCAAUAAUAAACAUAAGAUACAUAAAAUUCAUUGAUUAAGUCAUCCUAUAUUCAACAGACAAUAGAAGCUAUGGGUGAGAAAGUAACAAUUAGUGUAAUUUAAGAACAAAGAAUUUAUUUUGAGGUUGCUAGUAGAAAAAAGAUCAACUAAGAAUCCUUUGAUUAAAAAGAAGAGAUGGUUGCUGCUUUUUACUUCCAUUAGUAUUGA